AUGCAUAAGAAGUGCCUUGGUUCAAUGAAGCAACCAGACCUGCUUGCUGAGCUGCUGCGUGCUACUGUGCUGACUGAUGAAGACGCGGCGCACUUCUGGGCGAUGGGGAUCGGUCUGCGUUUACAUGGUCCGCAUGGUGCCGCAGCCAUCUGUGCGGCCCAUCCACUUCAAGGCUGGGUGUGCGACGGCGGUACAGCCGACACGACAUCCUUGCUAAACGAUUCACAAGCAAACCGCGAUCGUGCAGAACAUGUAGACCCGUCCUGCGGCACCGGUAAGCGCCUGCCAAUGUGGGCACGUGAUUCACUGAGUGUGGCAGCACCCACGGAUAUCCGCGCCUUACGGGCGCUCAUGAAAAGCGCUUCACCAAACGGCGGUGGGCGAAAUAGAGCCGGAUCAGGGACCGCCGUCUCAAAAGCCUUAAUUUUCAAGCAAAAACUCCUCCUAUCCAGCUACAGCCUCCAUGACGAGGCAGCCCUCUUCAGAUCUUACACCAACGCCGAAUUCAAUGCAGAACUGGAACGUGGGAGGCAGCACCAUGCCGUGUUCGAGUCAAACUACGGUUCCAAGCCCGCCACUACAGUCCCCUACAACAUAACCAAGCGCAUUCACGAUGGUGACAUGCCGGACUUCAACACUGCCAUGUACGCCGACAUCAUGAAGCUGUGGAUCACUGCGAGCCAAUACAGCCAUACAGCUCAUAUAUGA